CUUGAGUGCACUGCCACUUUUGGCUGUGUCCUUUUGGCGUUCCAUAGCAAUAUUUAUGUUGAUCAUUAAUCAUCACGCGGGGGGCGAAGAACGAAGCACAGCCGUUUUUGAGGAUGGAAGUAUUACAUGUGGUGAAGUACACAUUGGCAAGUACCAUGAAGCAAGCUCUUAGGCCUACAGCAUGCCUAAUACCAGUGAAGGCUAAGCCUGGCUGUAUGUUCAUCCAUCAGAGACACUUACCAAAGUUACCAGUUCCACCCCUUCAACAGACUCUGUAUCGAUAUUUGUUAUCUAUCAAACCACUGGUCUCUGAUGCAGACUUUGAUGCAACAAAAAAGCUUGUGGAUAACUUUGGGCAGCCAGGUGGUCUUGGUGAAAAACUUCAGAUGGGUUUGAUUGAUAGGGCAAAGAAGAUGGACAACUGGGUAACUUAUGUAACACUGAUUUAUUUUUCAAGUAAAUUCAGCCAAACCCUUCCAGUUGAUAAGCUAGGUGGUUCACCUCUGUGCAUGGAUCAAUACUAUAAGAUUUUGUCGUCAUGCCGCAUUCCAGGACGUAAAAUAGACUCAAUUGUUACCUACCCAGCAGAUGGAAGCAAUUCUUCAAAACAUAUCGUUGUUGCUCACAAUAACCAGUUCUUUUCCUUAGAUUUGUUCAAGAAUGGGUGGACACCAUUAACCCGAAGCGAAAUUUAUCAUCAGCUGUGUAACAUUGUUAAUAAAUCUAAAAACCCCAGUACACCUGUUGGUAUUCUCACCUCAGAGAAUAGAAACACCUGGGGAAAAAUAUACAACGAAAUGAGCAAAGAUCGAACCAAUCGUACAACGUUUGACAAGAUUAAUCGCGGAUUUGUAUUGUUAUGUUUGGAUGAGAAAUUUAAAUCCGUACCUGAAGAAGAACUUGACAGUGAAUUUGGACGCCAGUUGUUGCAUGGAGGUGGAAGCCAAUUUAACAGUGGCAACAGGUGGGCUGAUAAGACUCUACAGGUUAUAAUUGGCCCUAAUGGUAGAUGUGGCCUACAGUAUGAGCAUGCCCCUGCAGAAGGACCACCAAUUGCAACAUUUCUUGAUCAUAUAUUGGCAUACUGUGACAACGUCGGAGAUCAUAUCUCACCCAGUAAAGAGCAGCCUGCUCCUGCAAAGAGGCUAAUGUUCAACAUCAAUCCUGAUGUACAAGAGGCUAUUGAAAAUGCUAAAAUAGCUAUCGAUAGUAUGGUUGAGGAUCUUGAUCUUCACAUAUUUAAGUUCAAACUGUUUGGCAAGGAUUUUGUGAAGGCUAAUAAACUUAGUCCUGAUGGAUUCAUCCAGAUUGCUCUCCAGCUGGCCUACUUCAAAAGCUAUGGUGAGGCUUGUGCAACAUAUGAAAGUGCUUCGUUGAGGCGCUACCAGUUUGGGAGAACCGACACAAUCAGGUCAUGCUCUACCGAUUCUGAUCUAUUUGUUAGAUCAAUGAUAGACGGCAACAAAACGAAUUCUGAACUUGUUCGGCUAAUGAAGCAAGCUAUUGAGUCACAUAAGGAGUACACUAAUUUGGCCAUAUUUGGAGAUGGUGUCGACCGUCAUUUAUUAGGUUUGAAACUUAUGGCGAUCGAGUGGGGAUGGAAUGUGCCAGAAUUGAUGAUGGACACCACUUAUCACAUUAGCACACAUUUUAAAUUAUCGACUAGCCAGGCCAUAUUUGGAGAUGGUGUCGACCGUCAUUUAUUAGGUUUGAAACUUAUGGCGAUCGAGUGGGGAUGGAAUGUGCCAGAAUUGAUGAUGGACACCACUUAUCACAUUAGCACACAUUUUAAAUUAUCAACUAGCCAGGUACCUGCCAAAAGUGAUUCUACGCUGUGCUUUGGGCCUGUGGUUCCAGAUGGAUUUGGUGUGUGCUACAAUCCCAAAUCAAAACACAUCAACUUUGCUGUGUCUGCUUUUAACACUAGUCCUGAGACAGAUGCAAAAAUAAUGAGUGUUAAACUUACAGAAAGCCUAGCUGAUAUGCAUAAUAUUUUGGUUCAAGGUUCACUCUCGGCUAAAUUGUAAAUAAUCUAAAAUAUUUGAGGACUAUGAGCACAAAAUUCAAAAUUUAUUUUGGAAGCUGCUUUUCUUCCAAUUUAUCCAGAAAGCCAAGAUAACAGAUUGAUGUAUAGAAAUUGAAAUAUAAACACUUGAAUUAUUUAUUGCAAUAUCAUUUGCAGACUAUUUUGACUUUAUCAGGUGCAGUCGAUCGUUUUCAACCAUAAAUCUUUUUUAAGUACAGUAGAACCCACUAUUAAAGGGAAAUUUUUGGGACCAAAAAAAAGUGUCCUCUUAAUAAGGGUGUCCCUUUUGUAGAGGACUCCUAUUCAAGGGACAGUAACCAAAAAUGUGAAAUUGUCCCCUUAAUAGGGGUUUUGGCAUGUUUUCAUACAACAUGAUAUACAUUCUUUAUAAUUUUAGUUUUAUAGACAUAAAAGGAGUUACAGUAGAAUUAGAACUAGUUUAUUACAAUAAUUAACAAUGCAAAUACAAUUUUAAUAUUUAUAAUAAUGUAAUCAGCACUAGAAAUGUAAUUCAAUCUAUCAGACAGUUGUAUAUGUUCUGAAUAUUAUUUCAUGAUGCAAUGUCAAUGAUCAAGUACCUUUUUUCUUAAAUAUUAAACUUAGUAUUGGUUGCAUGGAUAUCUAAUAGUAAUGACUUAGAAAUGAGGGUGAAUGUUAUGAUAUAGAUUAGAAAGUGCACAAAAAACAUUUAAAGUUGAAUGAAUUUGUUUCUUAUUUUGAUACUGCCGUAAAUGUUGUGAUACAAUGAAGAAAAUGUCCCUUUAAUAAUAGUGGUUAAAUAUGUAUUGAUUUGACCAUUUGACACAGUGUCAGAAAGUGUUCCCUUAAUUGAUGUGUCCCUUAAUAUGGUUUGGCCGUAGUCUUAAAAAAAUAUUGCCUCUCAUUUCAUAGAAAAAUGUUUCCUUAAUAAGGACGUCCCCUGAACAGGGGUGUCCCAAAGGAGGGGCUCUUCCUUAGUUAGUUUAGAAUGUUCAUAAAGUAAGGUUAAUGAACUGAUCACUUAUGAGAAAUAUUCUUCAAUAGAAUUGUAGCUAAAAAAGGAACAUGCUUGAUCAGUGAAAACAAAAUUAUGUGUAUUUUCUACAUAUUAGUAGACUCUUAAAAUCGAUUAAAUAAGCCUUUGAAACCCCUAAAUUGUCAAAAUUUUGAGGGCUUUGCCCCCUGGACCACUUUCGAAGCCUUUUAAUCGAGGCUCGACCACGCCCACUUUGCUUUCGUCGGGAAAAUGUAACCCUUCGUCGGGGGCGUCGCCCCCCCCUUCGGGGUCCUCAGCAAAUCCUGGCGCCACCCCUGAUCAGUGAUGGAUUGGUACUCAUGAA